GUUCGUGUGCGCAUGCGCGUGGUUUGUUUAGCCUUUGUCGCUGCAAACUGAUGAACCUGCUUUGUGUUUCUUCUCUUCUUCACCUCGAGAUCCAAACAAGAAGUCACGCUUUCAAGGAGAUCUUUUGCGAUGCCAGGGGGAAAAAAAUGAUAAAGAUUGUGUGCUGAAAAAAAAUAAAAAUCUCCGCUGAUGUAAUCUAAGCUCUGGAAGUCGGACAUGUACACAAACAAAACCGACGCUGGGGUUUAAGGUGGUGCUCUGAGAACUCAGGAGCUGAAAAGUUCAAGUGCGCAACAAAGAAAUAAAAACAACAGCGUGAUGACGGGACUCGGGAGUUAAAAACAGGAGCGCGUCUCCGAUUAAUCGAUGAAUCCAGCUACCAUGAAAGAGGAAAAGAGGAUUUAUUUGCGAAGGCAGCACAUGGAAUACGACAGCAGGGUUCACCUUUCCAGCUGCCUUGACGACGCGGAGAAGGGAACAGGAAGAGGAGGAGGAAUCGUGUGGAUUAUAAGCGAUCCUGAAUAAUCAUCAUAAAAAUAAUCGAUCGGUGCGGAUUAUCGACGAUUUGCAGGGAGAUGGAGACCGUUGGGAAAUUCGAGUUCAGCAGGAAGGAUCUUGUAGGCCACGGGGCAUUCGCGGUGGUCUUUAAAGGCAGGCAUCGAGAGAAACAUGACUGGGAGGUUGCUGUGAAAUGCAUCAAUAAAAAGAAUCUAGCAAAAUCACAAACAUUACUGGGAAAAGAGAUCAAAAUAUUAAAGGAGCUGAAACAUGAAAACAUCGUCGCAUUACAUGAUUUUCAGGAAACGGCGAGCUCUGUGUAUUUGGUGAUGGAGUAUUGUAAUGGAGGAGACCUGGCUGACUACCUGCACUCCAAGGGCACGCUGAGCGAGGACACCAUCCGUGUGUUCUUGCAGCAGAUAGCAGGCGCGAUGAGGGUGCUGCAGACCAAAGGCAUUAUCCACAGAGACUUGAAACCACAGAACAUCCUACUGUCCCACCCAGCCGGCCGCAAGUCCCACACCAACAACACCUGCAUCAAAAUAGCUGACUUUGGCUUUGCCCGGCACCUCCAGAACAACAUGAUGGCCGCCACCCUCUGCGGCUCCCCCAUGUAUAUGGCUCCAGAGGUCAUCAUGUCACAGAACUAUGAUGCCAAGGCUGACCUGUGGAGUAUAGGAACCAUUGUGUUUCAGUGCCUGACUGGGAAAGCCCCAUUUCAAGCCAGCAGUCCUCAGGACCUCCGCUUGUUUUAUGAGAAGAAUAAGAAUCUUAGCCCAAACAUUCCCAGAGAGACAUCCAGCCACCUGAGGCACUUGCUUCUGGGCCUACUGCAGAGGAACCAUAAGGACCGCAUGGAUUUUGAUGAGUUCUUCAAGCACCCUUUCCUCGAGGCAAGCUCCACCAUGAAGAAGUCUGCACCGGUGACCCUGACCUGCUUUCCCAGCUCAGGUUCAGCAAGCUCAUGUAGCAGCUCCUCCACCUCACACCUCGCUUCUCCUCCUCAGUCCCUUGGUGAGAUCCAGCAGAAUCGAGCCAAAGCGUUGGCCUCCCCUACCCAGGAUUCUCCAGGCUUCUUGCUGAAGGAUUCGGCUGGUGGUGGAGGAAGCAGUAAGAACUCUUCCUGCGACACGGACGACUUUGUCAUGGUUCCGGCUCAUUUUCCCAGUGAGCUCACAUGUGAAAUGACUUCAGGGAAGGUGCUGCAGGAUAGUCUUAUGUAUAGUGGGAGUUCUCUUCUUGCGUCUGGAAGUCAGGGCAAUCAGGCUAAGUCUCUUCCACGCUCGCCCUCUUGUAGUAGUUCUACAGCACCGGCAGGCAGGCCUCCUGAACACUCUUUGAGUAACUGUAGUAACUAUGGACAGUCCGUGCCCAUUCCAGUGCCCACACAAGUUCACAACUAUCAGCGCAUGGAGCAGAACCUGCACUCUCCCAGCCAGGACAGCUCCCCACGGUGCACUCCAGUGCGGCGGUGCAGCAGUGGCAGUCCCCUUGGUUGUGUACGACGCGAGACAGGACCGUCUCCUCCUCAUCACUCGGCCAUCACCGCCCGUAGACUGUCUGCAGGAGGCGUCAAACCCCUCCAGCUCUCCCCACAGGCUUUCCAGCUACCCGAUGCUAAGUCCAGAUCCAGGCAGCAUGGGCUGGGCUCACGCCUCCAUAGCGCCCCCUGCCUGCUGGAGGCCGCUGGCGGCUGCAGGCAGACGAUCAGGAAACAGCACUCGGACCCCAUGGCCUCCCCGCAGGGAGGCACAAUGGCCCUGAGGCCCCUCCAUUCCUCUCCCCGACUCAGUGAGCUGAUGCAGCGCAGUCCUUUACCCACCAUCCUGGGAUCACCAUCAAGAGCUAUGUCCCCAUUCGAGUUCCCAAAGCCACCCAGCUCACCAAACAUGGUGACAUUUCUGACUCAGCAGGGUUUAGUUUUCCCUUCAUCAAGAGAAUCGGGCAUGCCUGGCACUUUCCAGCCUGAGGACGCCAAGCCUUUUGGAAGGUCGCAGAGCUCUGGCCGACUGUCGGACAUGCUACUGAUGGCGGCAUUCGGGGGACAGCUGGGAGACAGAGGCAGCAUGGAGAACCUUAGUGCUGACAGAGCAAUCGACAUCACAGCGCCUGCUGCUGGUGGGACCAUGGUGGUGGGCUCAGGCAGUCCAGCCCGAGUGGUGUUCACUGUGGGUUCUCCACCCAGUGGAGGAACACCACCCCACACCUCUCGUUCCAGAAAAUUCUCGGCAUGCUCCUCAAACUCGGUCAGUCCCGUGGGGUCUCUCACCAGCCGUUACCCUCAGACAGGCAUGUGUUUGGAUGGUUUUGAGGGCUCAUCCAGUCCCCGUUACAGUCUCACUGACCCCAUCUCAGCAAACUUUGAGGGUGCUGUGAUGUUUGAGGCCCCCGAGCUCCCAGAAGAAACACUAAUGGAGCAGGAGCACACAGAGAUUUUACAGCAGCUCCGGUUCACACUGGAUUUUGCUCACUGUUUGGUGGAGGUGGCAGCGUCGAGAAGUGGAGAGGGUGGAAGAGCUGAACAGCCCUCAAGCUGCCUACACCAGCAAGAAAGUGUUGUGGCUGACCAGAUCAGCUCUCUGAGCCGCGAGUGGAGUCACGCUGAGCAGUUGGUGCUGUAUAUGAAGACUGCAGAGCUCCUGUCCACUGCACUGCACACAGCUAUGGAGGGCAUUAAACAGGGUAAACUGUAUCCCUCCACCACAGUCAAACAAGUGGUCAAGAGGCUAAACGAUCUGUACAAAUCGAGCGUGAUGUCGUGCCGCUCCCUGAGUGCACGUCUGGAGCGGUUCUUUUCCCGAAAGCACCGGCUGAUGGACCACAUCAACACCAUCACUGCAGAAAGGCUCAUCUUUAGCCACACUGUUCAGAUGGUGCAGACUGCAGCUCUGGAUGAGAUGUUCCACCAGGGUGAGGCUUCAGUACAGCGCUACCACAAAGCCUUGCUGUUGAUGGAGGGUCUGUCGCUGCUCCUCACUGAGCAGGCCGACAUCCUCAGCAUCAGCAAGUGUAAGCAGUGUAUUGAGCGUCGCCUCACUGCGCUACAGUCAGGCCUCUGUGUCUAGAGAGUCAACCAAGUCCCUUACAUUCCUUCCUGACAUUCCCUAAAUAACCCUUCUUUCCAUCCUUCUUGCUGCUUCUUCUUGAAGACUGAAAGGACCGAAUUUGUAGUCACAGACGUACUGAUUCCUGCAGCAUAUGAAGAGUGCGUUCCUGAAUCACACUGUGUAUGAAUCAGAAAUCGAAUAAGCUGCAGGCAAUUACAUCAGACCCACGUUGAUUCUUUGACAUUCUCAUGGAUUUCUUUUUAAACCUAGAAGCUGCACUGUGUAAACAUCUUUUUUUUGUGUGUGUGUGUUACAUCGACAUAACACUAUGUCAAAAUCUGAUUUUCUUUCGUACUGGGAUUGUGCAAUCACAGGUGAUGGAUAUUCAUCAGGAGCUGGAUUUAAUUAUACGCUCUCAGAAAUCAUGGUAUUACACUGUAUCUUUUGAGGUCACUCGGGUGGUACACGUUUUGUAACUUUAGGAUGCGUUUGCAUGUAGUGCACCUUUAAAGCUUUCAUCGGCAAAUGAAUUACAGUUCAUUUAAGUGCCUUAAAGGUACACUAUAUCCACAGUUCUAGGUAAAACAUGCAUAACGAAGGGAUAAAGGAUGUAUCCUUGAAGGAUUCAUCUUUUGACCCUACCUCACCCCUUGGAGAGGGAAAAAACAAAAAAAGACACAGUUUAGUACUAUAACUAAGAGUGUAAGUUGGAACUCGUAUUUCUGGUCAGGUAUAUUACUCGCCAUUUGAAGGCAAAUUUCACAUUAAUAUCCAAAUGUCCCUCACAGACAGUCAAGCAGACACUUCGUAAUUGCAUUUAAUUCCUAAAUGUAAUUCUGAUUGAACAGAAUACCUUUUCAGCAGAUGAAUGUGACGAACCAAACCAUGGGUUACACCAAGGAGGUAACUUGGAGUUGAAUUUCAAGUUCGUAAGUUGUGUUGUACCAUUCCAUUAAAAACAUCCGAUUAAAAUUGUAAUCCUGAUCGAGCGAUCAUAUAAUUAACAGGUAUUAAUUAAUUAAUUAAUCAGUCAAUCAAUUUAACCCGUGAUAAAACACUUCACUGAUUUUAUUUGACUUGAUUUAUUUACAAGUUUUGUUUACUUGAGUGAAAACUUGCACAAAAAUCUUCCUUUAUGGAGCUUUCGUUAAGAAGUGCAAGACGAUGAUGAUGAUGAUGAUAAAUCCUUUGCUGAGUUUGAGUUUAAAAUAAUUCAUUAAGAUUUAAAAUUUGUCAGUUUAAUCAAACAUUAGGUUAAAAAAAAAAAAAAGAUUAAUUCAGAAUAUUUUUAAAAAGCUAUUUUUAAGUUUGAUGCAGCUGGAUUCACAGAUAAACACGGAUGUAUUCCAGGUUAACGCUUUCUUGGUGCAACCCAGGCCGUGUUCUGGAGAAAAACUUGCAUCGUAAACUAUAAAACCUGUCGUUUACAUGGAACUCAUCCUUAUUCAGUGCUUUCUCCCUGUUUUUCUUUUGUGGUUUUUAUUACCAGUCAGGCCGUGUGUAGCACUGUAGUGAAUGCUGACCAAGAUUGUCCAAGUUGUUUUCAAAUUAUAAAGACUUGGAAAAAGAGAUCUGAACAUCACUGAUCACACUUUUAUCACUUUCCCCUCAUUUUUUAAAUCUCUUCUGCAUUUUUAUUACACUGUGUUCGGUAAUCAUGUUUGUCCACCUUUUUAAAUGUGUCUGUGAAUGAUAGAAAGACAGGCUACAAAUACACAAGAAAAGAGUGACAUUUUUGUGACGUAGGCAAGCACGUCACAGUUUGCAUUUGUUUAUUCUUAGUUUUAGCAGUUUUUGAGAAAUCUAGGCUCAGCAUAGCGUGCAGCAGGCCCUGCGCUGUAAGGCAAUAUUAUUUCCUGUAGUUUCAUAUACUUUUUUUUUUUCCUCCCCCCCGCCUGUUAAUAUGCAGUCCUUUGAAUUCAUAAAGGACUGUAGCUUGUUGAUUGAUCCCUGUAGUGAAUGCAAAGUUUGUAACCUGGACCCGGGAACAGAAGGACGCUGUCCUCACGUUUACUACGCUGCAUGAGGGCCGUUUCCAUCUGUUUCCAUGCGAGUUUUUAUUGUUUGUGUUGAAUGCUUUUAAAUCUUUUAUUAAUGUAUGCUGAGUGGUUUGGUUUUGUGUGUCAGAUCUAGUUUAAAUCUAUUUAAAAACGUGCCUUUAAAAAAAAAAAAAAAAGAGCAAAAAUUUAAACACUGAAAAAGUUGUGGUCUUUUUUUCCGUUAUUUUCUAGUACAUAAAUAGAUUGAUGCCCGUGUUUGUUCUGCCUGUUUGUUUUUUUUUUUUUGUCGUUUUGAUCAUUUUUGAAUGUGUGAUGAAAGACCGGAGCUUUUUGCUACAUAGUGUGGUAGUGUGUUUGGAUUGCAUUGUGUGUAAGAAGGGUGUAAUGUGGUUAGCAUAUGCCAUAAUUUAGUCCUAAACAUUUUUUUUUUCUUUUAUAAACUGGUCAAGUAUGUUUUCUAAUUGCUGCGUCAUGGUAGAUAACAAGAAGGUAGCCAGUUGCAGAAUGAACCGAACGCAACAUUUGGUCCUGCAUUCCAACAAUUCCACAGGUGGUUUUUGGAUAUUUUUCUACUCUUGGGUGAUAUUUUUUGUUUCUACUCUUUAGUCAUUAAAUGCACACCCUUUUUUGAGUCAAUACUAAUUCAUCAAAUGUUAAAUCAGUUUAACAUUGUGUGCUGCAUCUGUAUCUCCAUGACACUAACCCUGAAUUCCACCAGUUCUGUGUAUUCUCAAGAAAACGUUGGAAGGUUUGCUUCUAUGCUCUGCAUAUGUACCACAAGGGUGACAGACUCUACCAUGAACUCUUAAGUACCACUUGUAAAUUAAGAUUGUAAAUUAAGUUAUUGCGCCAAACGUGUAUAUAUGACAUGCGAACGCAUGCUUUUUUUUUUUUGGUUCCCUUUCACCCCACCAAAGAGAGAAUUGCUGAAUCUCCCAAUUGUCACUAAAACUCUAUCCACUCCACAGUAACUUCAGGAAAUGUUCACGCUGUUUGUUUCCAUGUCGAUAUAAAGGUGUAACUUUUUUUUUUUUUUUUUGCUUUGAAAGGUACAACAUAAAUAAAUGGAGGAAAAA